GCCCGGUCCCAGCAGCGCCUCUGCGGACAAAAGGUUCACACUUGGCGGUGUGCACAGGACACCAGCAGCCGGCGGCUCUCCAGCCCAUCCCUCCAUACAUGCCGAGGUUCAUAAGAGGGGAGAUUCAUAUGGGCAGAAUGUGCCAGAAACCUUGAGGAUAAACUCCGGAUGAUCCCUCAUCUCCUCUGACUGUUGUACACUUACCCAGCAGCCACCAUGGCCCGUCUAGUAAGAACAGUGCUGAAGCUGACAUUUUUCCUUCUAUACAUGAGUGGUUACUUAUGCCAGCGGGAUUGCACCGGCACGGAAUGUCCUCUACUGGACAACUGCAUCGAAGAAGCGUUAGAAAGUGGCGCCUGCUGUGCUUCCUGCUUACAAAAAGGAUGCACAUGUGAAGGUUACCAGUACUACGACUGUGUCAACGCCGGAUUCAGGAACGGCAAAGUGCCCGAGGGGGAUUCCUAUUUCGUUGAUUACGGCAGCACCGAGUGUUCCUGCCCCGUGGGAGGUGGACGGAUCAGCUGCCACUUCAUCACUUGCCCUGACAUGCCUCCGAACUGCAUCGAAGUUUCGGAGCCCGCGGAUGCGUGCAUGCAGUGCGAACGCGUGGGAUGCAUCCACGACGGGAAAAAGUACGACGGCGGACAUUCUUUCCACGUUGAUCCCUGUCGCGUCUGCCACUGCCCUAAUGAAGGAGGGAAGCUUAUGUGCUACACCGUUCCAAACUGUGACCAGCAAAAGGUCCACAAAGUGAUGUUAGCCGCAACGUCUCAGGAGGACUCGGCUAGCGUGAGUGACAGCUUCCCUUACAGGUUUGACCCUCAAGAUCACAUGGGUGAGUUCUCCCCUCCAUAUCAACUCCCACCAGAUGGGAACCUUCCUCUUUUCAAACCACCUGCACUGGAUAAAGAUGAGCUAGAGGAUUAUGAUUAUGGGCCUACAGAUUUCCCAGAGGUCUACCCUCAAUCUUUGGUCUUUGCCACCCAGGCAGCUUCUUCCAAUAAAGUCGUCUCGGUGCUUCGAGGCUCUGACAAAACUGACAGAACUGCUGCACGUCAGGGCUUUGACAGAGGAAGCAAGCAGGAGCUGAGGGAGCGAUAUGGAGUUCAUGACCAUCCUACUGACAAAGACAAAGUGACAGAACGUCUCCCAACAGGAGAGCAGAGUAGCGUUGGGCCUCUUAUCCAUGAGGAUGCCACGACUUCAUGGCAGCCUUCACGGGAACUAACAAGUGCACAGACGGACGGGACAUUUCCGUUGAGUGACCAUAAAAGUUUCGGUACUUUCAUACUUCCACUAAACAAAGAAUUAGACGCUGAAGAAAACCCUCACUAUCCAUAUGCAGAAAAUGCAAUUAACGUUCAGAAGAGCCCAGAGACAAAGACGGAAAAUUCUUCAGAUAGUGUCAGAAGUUCAGACAUUAAUGACCCAGAUAGAGAUGGAGAGAGUCCUUUGGAUACAGUCGGUUUUCCACUGUACAAUCUCGGAACCUCUCGGACUCCAAUCCUAGAAUCACAGGAGACGGUUACACCAGAUUUCGUGGAAGAGUUCGAUGAAGACGAGGCUGAAGAUGAAGACAUAGUAAGUCUGCAGAAUAUCACUGGAGAAGGUGAAGAUGUUUCCUACAGCGUAAACUCAGAUCCGCAAGAGGAAAACCACGAGGAGUCGGAGAUCAGAGGUCCAACUAGUAGCUACCCGGAGACCACGCCCGAGCCCCCCACCACCAUCACCAUGACCACCACGACUACCACCAGCACCAGCAGUAGCAGCUCCUCCGGGAGGUCCAAAUACCAGACAACCCCCACAGUCUAUUCCAGUUCCACUCCCCACCCACCAGUGACACAGAUCAAACCAGAUCAGAGACCGUCCAAACAAAAGCCCACUCUGAGGCUGGAGAAUGUACCCACUGGACACGAGGAGGCGGAGAAGAAAGACAACCAGACCAGAGAUCGUCCUGCUCUGCUCAACAAACCGGAUGGAGGUAUGGCGGCUGAAGACCUGGUCCAGAGCUGCUGCGCUGCGGGCCAGAGAUGGGCCUCUGAAAAUAAGCACUGCAACCAUCUGCCUCUGAUCGGCAACGAUAAGCACUCGAUAUGCAGCGUUGCCAUGAAGCAGUGUUGCCUGAGCUCCAUGAAGGAGAGUCGGUGUGAAUCAGGGAUGAUCUCAGCCAGAGGAGGAGCUACCUGCCAGGUGGAGGAGGUGGAGGAGGAGGGACGGUGUUCAGACGACUCAUACCAGGUGUGUUGCAGCUGCUGUGUCCUCGGCUUACGGGUGCGAAGUGAAGGACGGGGAUGCGAUGCCCAUCAGUACCUGGGAUACCCCUGUGGUCACAUCUUCCUCACCUGCUGUGAGGAAGAGGAGGAAGGUCCGAACAGCCAGACCCCCCUGAGACCAAAGCAGAAGCCCAGACCCACGUCACUGCCCAGGAAAGUGUCAGACACCAAGUUCCCCAAAGAGGCCUUCUCCAUCGGUGCCACAGACGACGCUGCCAACACGGUGGAGGAGCAGGAGGAGGUGGAUGAGUGUCAGCUGUACGCAGGCCAGCUGUGCCAGCACACAUGCACAGACACGUGGGGCUCGUACCGCUGUGGAUGCCACCCAGGAUACCACCUGCAGCCGGACGGACACUCCUGUGCACCAGUGAGUCCUGAUGAAGACAACAGAGUCAAAGAGGAGGAGGACAGCCCCGUGGCCCCGCCCACAGCCUCCACUACCACCACCACAACCAGUACGACCAGUACGACCAGCAGAAGCCCUGUCCGCCGGAAUCCAUGUGCAGGAAACGGUGGUUGCAGUCAACAGUGCAGUGCGGUCGGAGGCCAGGCUCGCUGCUCCUGCUUCCCAGGAUUCUCACUGAAGACAAAUGGGCGCACAUGUGAAGGUAAGGGCUGCCACUCCUUCCUGUUGUGUUACCGCUGGCAGUAA